AUGCAUGAAACGAAGAUUAUUUUGUGCGGUGUUGCACUGUGCAGCACGUUUGCGGUACUGGCGUGCUUGAUCGUUAUUCCAUCACUCUAUAUGACAAUCAAUGAGAUACAAACGCAAGUGAUCGACGGUGUUCAAGUGUUUCGAGUUGAUACCGAUACGGCCUGGUCAGACAUCAUCAACAUUCAAGUCAGGUUCACACCGCCCGGUAAACCACGUGCAAAUCCAUUCACCAGCCUUCUUCGUGAGAAACGUCAACAGAUGUACGCUGGAUUACCCUCGUUUUGUAUUUGUGAGCCGAAGAAGAGAGUGUGUCCACCCGGACCUCCAGGACCUGAAGGUGAUCCCGGACCAGAUGGACCACCUGGCCCACCUGGACCACCAGGAGACUCGUAUAUUAUGAAGGAUGGCGAGGUGGUUUGCAGUCGCGCAGACAUUGGAUGCGUCAAAUGCCCACCUGGACCAGUUGGUGAAAGAGGCCCAGAUGGACCACCCGGACCACCUGGACCAGAUGGCACACCUGGCCCAGGCGGCCCGGCUGGAAAACCAGGACCACCCGGUCCAGAAGGUGCUCCAGGAGAACCAGGACCAGACGGUCCAGCUGGUCCACCCGGUGAAGCAGGUCCUCCUGGAAAAGACGGCUCGAAAGGGUCUGGGAAACCUGGUCCUAAAGGACCUCCAGGACCAGCCGGACCAGAGGGCAAACAAGGGCCACCAGGUGAAGAUGGAGCAGAUGGUCAACCAGGACCACAGGGACCCGAGGGACCACCAGGAAAACAAGGUGCACCUGGAGAGGAUGGCAAGCCUGGUGCGAAAGGCGAGCUCGGUCGUCCUGGCAACGAUGCUGCGUACUGUCCUUGUCCACCUCGAUCAGUGGUCCAGUUAAGAAGAUUCGAGUAA